UGGGACAGGGAAGAGAAAUGGCUGCAGUGGAGUCAGUCCAGGGGCUGGUGACCUUCAAGGAGAUGGCUAUGUAUUUCACCAGGGAAGAGUGGGCUCUGCUGGACCCCACUCAGAGAGCCCUCUACUGGGAUGUCAUGCAGGAGAACUAUGAGACUGUGACCUCGCUGGGCCAGAGAAUAACAUCCAUGUUUCGCUGCAGAUCAUCUCGUCCUCCCAGGGGCAAGGAAAUGGCUGCAAUGGAGCUGGCUCAGGGGCCGGUGACCUUCGAGGAGGUGGCUGUGUAUUUCUCCAGGGAAGAGGGGACUCUGCUGGACCCCACUCAGAGAGCCCUCUACAGAGAUGUCAUGCAGGGGAACUAUGAGACGAUGGUCUUGCUGGGUAAGGAUUCCUGUCCCUUCUGUUCUUGGAAGGGGAAAUGAAGAGUGAAGGUUCAUGCCACCCCCACAAUGCCAUCUGUACCCUGUCCUGUUUCAGCAUCACCCCAAUAGGCCAGUAACAUACAUACUACCAGAGACCCUCCUCUGCUGCAGAACACUUUGGGAACAGAGCACAGGAGCAGCAUCACACAAUGUCAAAUAUCUCCUCUUUACUCAAGUAAAACUGGGGUUAGGUCCAGCAUAAUGAACAGAAGCUUCCUACCCCCAGCCUUCUCUCAAACCCUGAGCCUUCUCUACCCAAACCAGAAUGUGCUUGGGGUGUAACAAGCAGGCGGCUGGAGUCAGAGCUGCCA